AUGUUCUCGUCCAAUGGCAGCACCGCCGGGCCUAGCAACAAAAAACAGAAACUCACCAGCUCCAGCGUGUCAUCUGCUUCCGUGUCCUCCAAGGCGGUGUCCUCGGCGACAAACUUUGGACUGCAGCCGUUGAAUUCAAUACCAUUCUCACUCUCCGCAUUCAUCGAGUCUCUCACCGAUGACCAGAAGAGGCUGCUCAAGCUCGAAUACGAGACAAUGGGGAAGAGCUGGCUUAAGCUUCUCAAAGAUGAAAUCAAGAAAUCUUAUUUCACAUCGCUGAAAGAGUUCCUCUGGGGCGAAGGCGUCAAAGGUCCUGAUGACAGCGCGAAGUCGCUAAAAAUAUACCCUGCGCCCAAAAACAUCUACGCCUGGUCCAACUUUACCCCUCUCGGAAAGGUGAAGGUGGUCAUCAUCGGCCAGGAUCCGUAUCAUGGAGCCGGUCAGGCGCAUGGGCUCUCGUUUUCUGUUCCUCCCAACGUUUCUGUUCCUCCCUCGCUGAAAAACAUAUACACGGAAAUACAAGCGGAGUAUCCGGAGUUCGUUCCGCCGAAGCAUGGGAACUUGACAGUGUGGGCCGAAAACGGCGUCCUUAUGUUGAAUACGUGCUUGACGGUCCGAGCGGGUUCCCCUGGCUCGCACUCGAACCACGGCUGGGAGCAGUUCACAGACAAAGUCGUCGACGUCGUCGAUCGCUACGGCGGCGCAAACCUGCCCUCUGUGAAAGCUGACGAUAAGACAGGUCACGGCCGCGGUGUCGUCUUUCUCGCCUGGGGUGCUUGGGCUGCAAAGCGAGUCGCCAAGCUGAGCAAGAACAAACAUCUCAUCUUGACCAGUGCCCACCCCUCCCCCUUCAGCGCACACAAAGGGUUUCUAGGGAACGGCCACUUCAAGAAAGCCAACGACUGGUUGGAGCAACGGUACGGAAAAGAUGGCUGCGUUGACUGGUGCCGCUUGGAUGCAGUCAUAUGA